AGUCUCGCGAUGUUGCUAGAAAAUGACAGAACGGGCUGGGGGAGGGAGGUUUUUAUUUGGCUCUCUCAAUAGCCGUACAAUAACAAUGUGAUGAGGAGAAUCUGAGUGCAAACGAACGCCUAAACCGGUUUGCUGUUGUUUGUAACGCAGGCAGCAGAGAGAAAGUGUCGGCAGGAUGAGUGAGGAGGAGGAGGAGGCGGCCGGUACCUCUGGCCAGGGGGACACGCUGGGGCUGUGUGAACAGGCUGGCCCUGAAGUUAAACAAGAACCUUCAAACGUGCAGAGAAAUGUAGAGAAGAUACGAUCUUUUACUUGGAAAAUCUUUGAGCUGUUCAAAAGCUACGUUUCACCUUUGCAACUUAAAAUGCCUCUGAAGAGCGCAAACCCAGGGAAUGACGUUGAUCCUGAAUAUGAAGAGAAAAUGAAAAUGGAUCGGACCAAAAGAUUUGAAUUCCUUUUAAAACAGACUGAGCUGUUUGCACAUUUCAUCCAACCAGCUGCUCAGAAAACCCCAUCAUCUCCACUCAAGUUAAAACUAGGGAGACCUCGAACAAAACAAGAUGAGAAGCAAUCACUGCUUUCAGCUGGCGAAUUAUGGCAUGGGAGAAAAAGAAUGAAAAAAACAAAACGGAAGAGAAACUGCAACCGUCAUCGGCGUACUGAACAGGAGGAGGAUGAGGAACUACUUUCUGAAAGCAAAAAAACAUCAAAUGUUUGUGUUCGAUUUGAAGAGUCACCAUCCUAUGUGAAAUCAGGAACACUUCGAGAUUAUCAAAUACGAGGGUUAAAUUGGCUGAUCUCCCUUUAUGAAAAUGGCAUUAAUGGUAUCCUUGCUGAUGAAAUGGGUCUUGGUAAGACACUACAGACCAUUGCAUUGCUGGGUUACCUGAAACAUUACAGAAAUACACCUGGGCCACACAUGGUUUUGGUACCAAAGUCCACGUUGCAUAAUUGGAUGAAAGAGUUCAAACGUUGGGUUCCAUCACUUCGUGCAGUUUGUCUUAUUGGAGACAAAGAUCAAAGGGCCGCAUUUAUUCGAGAUAUUAUGAUGCCAGGCGAGUGGGAUGUCUGCAUUACAUCAUACGAAAUGGUCAUAAAAGAAAAAUCGGUUUUCAAGAAGUUUAACUGGAGGUACUUGGUAAUUGAUGAAGCUCAUAGAAUCAAGAAUGAAAAAUCCAAGCUCUCUGAAAUAGUACGGGAGUUUAAAUCAACAAACCGUUUGUUACUGACAGGGACACCUUUGCAGAAUAAUCUCCACGAAUUGUGGGCUUUGCUCAACUUCCUGUUGCCUGAUGUAUUCAAUUCUUCUGAUGAUUUUGACUCUUGGUUUGACACAAACAACUGCCUGGGUGAUCAGCAGUUAGUGGAACGUUUACAUGCGGUACUCCGACCAUUCUUGCUACGGCGAAUAAAAGCAGAGGUUGAAAAAAGCUUGCCUCCUAAAAAAGAGACCAAGAUCUAUGUCGGCCUCAGUAAAAUGCAAAGGGAAUGGUACACAAAAAUCUUGAUGAAGGACAUUGACAUUCUAAACUCUGCUGGGAAGAUGGAUAAGAUGCGCUUGUUGAACAUCUUAAUGCAGCUCCGAAAGUGCUGUAACCACCCGUAUCUCUUUGAUGGUGCUGAACCUGGUCCACCUUACACUACAGAUACUCAUCUUGUUUACAAUUGUGGCAAGAUGGUAGUUUUGGAUAAGCUGCUGCCUAAGUUGAGGGAACAGAGUUCCAGAGUCCUCAUUUUCAGCCAGAUGACUCGUUUGAUGGAUAUUCUUGAAGAUUAUUGUAUGUGGCGUGGCUAUGACUAUUGUCGUCUUGAUGGACAGACUCCCCAUGAAGAAAGAGAGCGGGCAAUAGAUUCUUUCAAUGCUUUCAACAGUUCGAAGUUCAUAUUCAUGCUGAGUACCAGAGCUGGAGGCCUUGGUAUCAACCUUGCAACAGCAGAUGUUGUUAUUUUGUAUGAUUCAGAUUGGAAUCCGCAAGUGGAUUUGCAAGCCAUGGACCGUGCACAUCGUAUUGGCCAAAAGAAAACAGUUCGUGUAUUUCGGCUGAUCACAGACAACACCGUGGAAGAGAGGAUUGUGGAAAGGGCGGAGAUGAAGCUGCGACUUGAUUCCAUUGUUAUUCAACAAGGUAGGCUCAUUGACCAACAGACCAACAAACUAGGCAAAGAUGAAAUGCUACAGAUGAUUCGCCAUGGUGCAACCCAUGUUUUUGCUACCAAAGACAGUGAGCUAACAGAUGAGGACAUUGACACUAUAUUGGAGAGAGGAGAAAAGAAGACAGCUGAACUGAAAGAACGUUUGCAAAACCUUGGUGAGAGUUCUCUUCGAUCGUUUACAAUGGAAACAGAAAGUUUAUAUAGUUUUGAAGGUGAAGAUUACAGAGGGAAACAGAAGAUUGGUUUAACAGAGUGGAUUGAACCUCCCAAACGAGAGCGGAAAGCCAAUUAUGCAGUAGAUGCAUAUUUCCGAGAAGCUUUACGCGUCAGUGAGCCGAGAGCACCAAAGGCACCCCGACCUCCAAAACAGCCAAGUAUUCAAGAUUUCCAGUUUUUUCCACCACGCCUAUUUGAACUACUGGAGAAAGAAAUCCUUUCCUAUAGAAAAAGUAUAGGCUACAAGGUCCCCAGGAAUCCUGACUUACACAAUGCAGCUCAGGUACAAAAGGAAGAACAGCGGAAAAUUGACGAUGCACUGCCUCUCAAUCAGAAGGAAGUUGAAGAAAAAGAGAAGCUUCUUACACAGGGUUUCACAACUUGGAACAAGCGGGACUUCAACCAGUUUAUCAAAGCCAAUGAGAAGUAUGGUCGAGAUGAUAUUGAUAACAUUGCCCGAGAGGUUGAAGGGAAAACUCCGGAAGAGGUCAUUGAAUACUCUGCUGUUUUCUGGGAACGCUGCAAUGAAUUACAGGACAUCGAGAAGAUCAUGGCCCAGAUUGAGCGUGGGGAGUCAAGAAUUCAAAGACGGAUUAGCAUAAAGAAAGCUUUAGAUGCAAAGAUGGCGAGGUAUAAAGCUCCUUUCCAUCAACUGCGUAUUCAAUAUGGAACUAACAAAGGAAAAAAUUAUACAGAAGAGGAAGAUCGCUUCCUGAUCUGUAUGCUGCACAAGAUGGGCUUUGAUAAGGAAAAUGUGUAUGAUGAACUGCGACAAUGUGUGCGCAAUGCCCCACAGUUUAGGUUUGAUUGGUUUAUCAAGUCCAGGACCGCAAUGGAACUCCAGAGACGCUGCAAUACAUUAAUAUCUCUAAUCGAGAAAGAAAACUCAGAACUUGAAGAAAAGGAGCGUGCUGAGAAGAAACGACGAGGACCUAAAACUGGAACGGCACAGAAGAGAAGGGCAGAGACAACUCCAGAAACAUCUGGACGAAAAGAUUGGAAGAAAAUGAAGAAUUAAGCCUCUUGCUCAAAUGAAGACUGCAUCUUGGUUAACUCUAUAGUUUCAUAUUGCUGCCUUUGCUCAAUUGUAUAUUCAUUAGAAAUAUAUUCAGUUGAUGCAGUAUAAUACAAUUUAUGGAAUAAUGAAUGCAUUCACAUUGAAGCUGGAAAUUGAGAUUUUCUUUACUACUCUGUUGUGGAUGCCUAGUUAUUUUUGUUUCAGUCUAUUCCAUUCCAGUAUUUUAUGUCAGUCAUUCAGUUGUAUGUACAGUGUUUGAUUUGUAUUUGAAUGGUUUGCACCUUGCAUGUGUUUUAAUAUGUUGGAUGUUUUUAAAGUAAAACAGAGAAUCUCUUUUAUGUGAGUGGGAAUUGAAACAGAUGUGUAUUUGAAGUAUUCAAGGAGGUAUUCAUCAGGACCUCUGAGCCAGUUAACCAAAAGAGUCCUAUUUUAAAUAAAGCAACUUGUUUCUUGGAUGUUUACCUUUUAUUUCGUUUAACAAUAUCAACUGUAAAUUAAUGAAAUAUUAUUGGAAAAAUAUAAAUCUCAAUGCUCAA